AUGCCUAUCCGUGUUAAGAAUCCUUAUAUCAAGAAUCCCGAUUCGGUGCACGUCCGAAACGGGAAAACACGAGGUCCCAUAAUCGCUCGCGUCGAAAUCGUGCGGGAUGAACUGCUGAAAAGACGCAAUCUUGCUAAAGACUCGAUUUUUUUUGGAAUUCUUCCCGUUGUUCAAGCCGUCAUUCACGUUGAAUAUCGGAUGAGUGAUCUUGACGAGGGCAGUUGGCGGGACGUUCGCGAAAUGGUCGUAAUCGAGAAGAUAAGCAGCCACCUCACGAAAACCGGUCUCACCGACCCUAACCGAACGUUUCAAACCGGGCUGCCCGAGGGCUUUUCCGACAAAGCCCUUUGGAUUGUUCGGAGCAAAGGGCUCCUCGUCAGUGGGCUUCACAAUGGCCACGUUUUCACCUCUCAGAUUCUUGAAAUAGUACGCGCCCCCGAGCCCACUGUGUAUAGGGACUGGAUCGACACCGUUUUUAACCGCUUUAACAAUCUUUUUCACAAUCUGUUUGGUUUUGGCAAAACGGGCCGAAUGGCCCAAUAUCUCGAUAAGCCCGUCUUGCUCGUGAUGGGCUUCCGGGCCCAUAGGGGAAAGGCAAGGGCAUUGUCACUUCUGUCGAGGUCCAUGCCCAAGACACAACCAGUCUCGGUUUGCACAAAAACUCGCCUUCUUCCGAGAGAGAAUGGAGAUUUACGAGAUUACGACAUCCACAGAGCCAUUUCGGAUCAAGCUUUAGGCUGA